UGCAGACCUGCACGUGUCCCGUCCAUUUCCGGCGCCUGCGCCCUCGACGGCAUCUCAACGUCACAACCCCGAAGGCGGCAGCACCUGCCGCGUCGCAACCCGCGUCCGAUGGGGGAUCGUGGGCGAAAACAAACACGCCGCGCACAUACAUCAUAAAAAAGAACGAGAGGGGAAACUCGCCAUGAACCGCUCGCCCUCGGCGUCGGGCCUGCUCCCGCUGCCCGGCGCCCCGUCUUCCUCGUGGGCGCUCUACCGCGCCCGCCUGGCUGCGCUCUUGCAGAACACCGAGGUCUCUGUCGUGGUCGCCUUUUGGUUGUUUGGCCUGAUAAACAACAUCCUCUACGUACUCCUUCUCUCCGCCGCCCAGGACCUCCUCGUCGGCACCGCCCUCCCCAAAGCCGCCGUCCUCCUCGCCGACGUCCUGCCCUCCUUCCUCACCAAGCUGCUGGCCCCUUACGUCGUCCACCGCAUCCCCUACGCCGUCCGCAUCCUGGCCUGCGUCGCGCUCUCCGUCGCGGGCAUGCUCCUCGUCGCGGCCGCGCCCGCGUCGGCUCAGGGGGACGGGGGGGAUAUGAACGAAACUGGCGCUGUCGGCAUGAAGAUGCUCGGCAUCGUGCUGGCCAGCCUGAGCAGUGGCGCGGGGGAGCUGAGCUUCCUGGGGCUGACGCAUUACUAUGGCGCCGCGAGCCUGGCCGCGUGGGGCAGCGGCACCGGCGGCGCCGGGUUGGUCGGCGCCGGCCUGUACGUGGUGCUCACCGGGUGGAUUGGGCUCGGGGUUAGGCAGAGCUUGCUCGUUGCCGCGGUGCUGCCCGGCGUGAUGCUCGUGGCGUUCUUCGGGGUGCUGCCGCGUGCGAGGCUGGAGGGCUGGCGGAAGGAGUAUGAGCCUUUGGAUGAGGACGCCGAUGUGCCAGCUGUGGUGGUCACGAGGAGAGAUGGGGAGCGGGAUGUGGUGAUGGUGGUGGGGGAUGACGAGUUUGGGGAUGUGCCGGCCGCCGCGGCGUCGUCGAGCUUGCUUGCGCCCGGCCCGUCGGUCGCUUCCACGGCGUUCUCGACACAUUAUCAUGGAGUCGCAGGAGGAAAGCACUCGUUCUGGGCGAACCUGCGCCGCGCACGGGCGCUGUUUGUCCCCUACAUGCUCCCGCUGCUGCUGGUCUACGUUGCCGAGUACACGAUUAACCAGGGCGUGGCGCCCACGCUGCUGUUUCCGCUCGAGCAGUCGCCCUUCUCCGAGUUCAGGGCCUUCUAUCCGUUUUACGGUUUCCUGUACCAGCUCGGCGUCUUCAUCUCGCGGUCGUCAACGCCCUUCGUCAGGAUCCACCAUCUUUACUUGCCCUCGUUGCUGCAGGUCGCCAACCUCGUCCUGCUGACGCUCCACGCGCUGCUCGACUUCAUCCCGUCCGUCUACCUCGUCUUUGCCCUCGUCUUCUGGGAGGGCCUGCUCGGCGGGGCCGUCUACGUCAACACGUUCGCCGAGAUCAUGGAGCGGGUGCCGGUGGAGGACCGCGAGUUCAGCCUGGGGGCGACCUCGGUCAGCGACAGCGGCGGCAUCUGCGUCGCCGGCUUCCUGGGCAUGGCCAUGGAGGUGUGGCUGUGUCGCUGGCAGGUCAGUCACGGGCGUGACUACUGCCAGCGGAUCGAGGCGAGCUGAGAGCCCGCGUGUGAGGCGUGCUCUGAAGGAAUUGCGGAACACGCCAUGAUUACUGUGCUGGGGGCGAACGGCGUGUCUACACGCAAAGGCCCAAUCUUACCACAGCCUCCAUCCCAACAGGACGGAUUUCCCCAGCCUCCAAGAGCCAAGGCCACAGAGGCUGGAAAUAGAGGGAAGCUGCUUGCAGCGGCUG